CCUGUCAUUUGUGACAAAUUAACGUCUUUUCACACCGUAAAAUGGUUAUUAAACAGUGUCAAUGACAUUUUCCCAACUUGUCCGAAGCAUUUUCCACCCCAUAUUGAUUUUUUGCGUACAUCCGUUGCAUGUCUAGAACAUUUCUGAUUCCAUGAAAUAAUCAAUAUUCGUAUUAUUCUCGUUAGUCGACGGUUUCCAGUGGAAAAGUCGCAGUUUGCAGCCAGGAACUCAACGAUAAACAAGCCCGUUCUUAAUCCAACAAUGUAACAAAAUAAUGGAACAUAGAAGUGACGAAAUUAAAUUAGGGGGAAUAAGUAAAGUGUCUUUGCCAUUUUAUGAACCCCCACCAAGAAAAACCAGUGCGGAAAUUAUCAACGAAGCGCGCCUUGCUAUAAGAGAAUCACAAAUGGCUGAGAGCUCCUUUAUUUCAACUCCUAUCAAACCUCUGCAAACGCAAAGGCCUUUCACACCGAGAAACAAGGAAAGGCUACUGUUUGGCAAAAAAACCAAAGCGAAUCGGCCGCCAAGUUCCUUCAGUCUCCGAUACCUCCAAAAUGAGGCGGAAAUACCACCCAACGUCCCCGAAUCAAACAUGAUCCUAAGCCCUCACAUGUUAUCAUCAGCCUCAAAAACCAACACUCGGCCAAUUUUCACCAAACAACGUUCAAACUCACUAUCCGAAGUCAACGACAACAAAAUCUUCAAUAUCGGAUUCAAAGAAAUCUCACUCAAUAAAGUCAAACUGCCCUCACUGGACCACAUGAAACCGUUGCAAAAACGCAAAAUCUUCAAAAACACAUCUCUCGACAAUCUGCCCGAAGAACAAGAAUCAAAUUCUGCCGACUCGAAAACCGAACGCAAAGCUUUCAGUUCUCCACAAGAACGCACAGAUUUCAACGAAGAUGAUUCCCCGUUUGGACGCUCGUCCAGCAAACAGAAAAAUCUCUCGCAAUGUCUUCUCCUAGGUCCACAAAACUUGAACAAAAUCUUCGAUAAUAGACACAUUAUUGAGAAUUCUGAGACGCUGUUUGUGGGGACAGGUUACUUGAAUAGGGGGCAAAAUCCACACCGUGGAAAUAAAGUACAAAAUUCAAUUUUAGAAAAUAAGGAACGAAACAUCGACGAUGUUAUUGACGAUUUAAAUAAUGAGAGCAAUCGAAUGGACAACGAAGAUUUUGUCAUUGAAUUAUUAGAAGAACUUUAUGGAAAAAUGGAAAAAGCGAAUUUGCUUUCGACCAAAGUCAGUUCGAAAAUGAAGAUUCACGUGCUGAAAGCUUUGUACAAGUUUGUGGAAUCGCAAAAUGAGCGGCUUUUGUUGAACAUUGCCAGGGUUAUUUUGGGGCUGAAGGUAACUGGCAACAAUCUCAGUGGAGUUUGUAAAUUGAUUUUCAAAGUAUCCAAGAAUGACAAAAACGACUACUUAUUCUUCCAGAAAAAUAUUUUAGAAUUAUUUUUGGACGCUUUGGGCCGUUCAAGCCCUUUAGACGAUGCCGAGGCUUGCGUUUACGGUUACGGUUCCGUCAAAUUUUUAACAAUGAAUGCGAAAUUACUCGAUAAAAUUUUAUCACUAGGGAUAUUACAGUUGAUGGUUUUACACAUCAAAAUCAUUAAUAAUGCUAAAAUGGAUAAAACACAAAUGCCUGAACAAACCAAUCAUGCUUUAUUCCAACUAACCGGUGCCUUACGAAACAUAGUUUCAGAAGAAACUAUUUAUGAAACAUUCAUUUCGUGUGGAGCUAUUCAACAGUUAUGUCAGACCAUGGAGCUUUUCUCGGCGGAUUUGGAUAUUAUUAGUAACAUAUCACGUAUUUUCAGUACAAUAUCAACCAACGAUUGUUGUUGCGAUAGCUUAGUUGAAUAUAGAGAUAUUUAUAAAGUGAUUAUUCAAUUAUUCGAUAAAUAUCCCGGAAAUGAGGAAAUUAUUGUACGUCUGGCGUACACUUUAGGAAACAUUGUCGCCAAAAUUGAUAACACUCGAGUCAAAUUCUAUCACGAGAAAAAUUCGCUAAACAGUCUCCUGAACUUGUGGAAGAUUUAUUUAGAGCGGACGCUGAAAAUCUGCUCCCUCAAAACCGACAACGAAUUAAUCGAAAAUGGAAAUCCGGAAGACGUCAUGAUUAAAGUGAUUCGAGUCAUUGCAAACGUUGUCAUAAACCCAGAAAUCGGAAAAGCCGUAAAUGAGUCCUUUGGCUGCCUCCUCAUCGACGAAUUCCUCAAAGUCCUAAUCAGCAAUCCCUUCAAAAAGAACGAAGAACUCGUCAUGUCCAUCUUGAGUACUUUAAACAACCUAUCGUACUAUUACACCUCCGACACAGAAACGGACAUUUUCCACAUCAAGCAAGUGGAAAUCGUUGAGGGAAUCACCGAAUAUGCAAAAUCACGCAACAAAGAAUGCGUAAUUGAAUCGAUGAGAAUCAUGGGCAAUUUAUCACGCUCGAAAAUUACGAGAGAUUACAUUGCGGAAUCGGAAGUUUUUAAAAUUCUUCUAAAUAUUCUAGACAAAGCCGAUUUGACUCUCCUCAAAACGACGAUCGGAGUAUUUGUUAAUUUGAUGGCAGACAAUAAGUCACGAAAUUUGUUCAAGAAUCAGGGAGGAGUUGCGAAAUUGAUCACGAUUUUGAAAAACUACGGACAAAAUGAUUGGUUAUUGGGGAUGUUGGUGUGUCAAGUGAUUUGGAAUUAUUGUAUUGAUACGAUGGAUUUAUACGAACUUAUCCCUGAUGAUGAGAUUCAACAAUUGCUCGUGAUUUUGGCCGAUUAUCUCGAUGAAGAAAAAUUGUUCGGAAUCACGGAAGGGUCCGAAGAUACUGAAGUAUACGUAACCCAGGAGUACUUAAUUUGGGAGGAGUUUGCCAGCGUCGCGACUAAUUUACUGGAAAAAAUCGAAUACUUUUUGGACACUUUUGACCAAAUUCAUAUUGAAAACGAAGCCACACUUACUAAGGAUUCGAGUACAAAUCUCAGUUUCGCAGCUUGGUAAUAAACUAGGGUAGAAGGACAAGUUAUAUUUAUACAAAUAUAUUUUAUUGAUUGUCUUUAUUGUUAUUUACAAAUUUUUAAAUUACGUUAUACUUAAAAUUAUAAAUUUAUAUCCUACUAAUGUAGUAAUAAAUAAUCAUUCAAACUC